GACUGGGGAUCUGCACUGCAUUCCUGUGUGUGACCUGGUCUCUACUGGACUACCACCAGUCCCUGCGCUCCUUCUUGCAGGACAAGUACGAGCUGAGCCUGGGCUCCUCCAUCAUCUACUUCCUGUGGAACCUCUUUCUUAUCUGCCCCCGCAUCCUCACCAUUGCCCUCUUUGCCCUGCUCUGGCCCUAUGGUGUGGCUGUCCACUUCCCGCUCGUGUGGCUGGCGAUGUUCCUCUGGGUCAGCCUGCAGAGCACAGACUUCAUGGAGUCACCCGGUCCCGAGCAGCUCUACCGGGCCAUAGUGGCCGUGAUCCUCUACUUCAGCUGGUUCAACGUGGCGCAGGGGAGGACGCUGUACCGCAGCAUCAUCUAUCAUGGCUUCAUCCUGGUGGACAGCACGCUGCUGGCCCUGUCCUGGCUCUGGUCCCAGUCCCCCUCUGAUGAGCACUCGUACCUCAUCCCAGUGGUCUCCGCCGCCCUGCCCUGCUACCUGCUGGGGCUGGCGCUGAGAGUCACCUACUAUAAGUGGCUGCACCCCAACACGCGGGCACAGCAAGAAAGUGGCUACGAUGAAGUGGAUGCCAACAGGAGGAGCGACGGGCUGGAGUUUCGCUCACUGUCGGUACCAGAGCUCAUGAACAGGCGGAUGCGGUGGCUGGCUCAGACCCAGUUCCCCGUCUCCUGGCCGGCAGAGCAGCGCUUCUUGAAUGGGGCUGCUGCUCUUGAGUCUUCUGUCUAA